UGUCUGUACCAAAAGCAGUAACCCCGAGCUACACUCGGGCUUACCAUGCGGCGCUGCAUAGGGAGUCCCUGCAGAGCUUACCUUGUCCUUCGCUCCUGCGAUGUGUCCCCUGCAGCGUCCCCGGCCAUCUCCUCUGGCCGAGGAGGAGGCUUCCGUGUUCCGGUUCCUGUUACGGGCGCCGCCGGCGGCGGGAAAUUUGAAAAUUUUUUACAAAAUGUAAUUUUUUUCAAAACUAAUUUUACAUAUGCUUUGUCCUGUCCCCUGUGUGCAUUUUGACUGUUCUUUCUG